CGCACUCGAGUAGGUCAUCACAUGACCGGAUGUUUACAUCUACACGUGGUUUUCAACCGAACUAACAGCUGACUACUAGAGUUACACGAGUAGUGUACUGUCAUGGCUACCUUAGGUGUGCUAUAUAUUAUUCUGGAGAAUUUUUUUGACGAUGACCAUGACAUUGUACACUUUUGGAGUCUCAGAAAUUCGACAAUAGGGCAUCUUAUUGCCCAGAGUCAGUUUGCUUCCAGGCGACCAUAUUUGCCUCGGAUAACAGGGUUUGCCGAAGAUAUUAUUAUACCCCAGUUUAAUUCAUGCGACUUUAAAUACCACUUUCGCCUAAGCAGAGAGAUGUUCGAGGAAAUCCUUGUACACAUUGGACACAGGCUAGCUUCAGAUCACUGUGGAGGACUGGUCGAGACAGAACCUACCAAACAGCUGUUAAUAUUUGCGUCUUACAUGGCUAACACCGAGUCCAUGAGAGAAGUUAGCCUGUGCUUCAAUGUUGGUCUUGCAACUGUGCAUAGAAUUAUUGGGAGAACCUGCAGAAUCAUAAUUGAGUGUCUUGCUAAUGUAAUCAGAUGGCCAAGUUCUGCUGAGCAACAAGUCAUCGCUACAAGGUUUCAGCUGAACUACAUGUUUCCUCACACAGUUGGUGUCCUUGACGGAACACAUAUUCGCCUAUCUUCCUGCCCUGGAGGAGAUCCCGAUUACAUAAACAGAAAAUCGUUUCCCUCUAUGCAGCUUCAGAUUGUGUGCGACGACACCCUUCUUCUAACUAACAUCUACACUGGGUGGCCUGGAAGUACCCAUGAUGCAAGAGUAUUGCGGAAUUCCGAGCUGUUUACCAGAGCUGAAGCUGGCAGCUGUAUUGACCCCGAUAAACUCAUCAUAGGGGAUAGUGCAUAUCCGCUAAAGCCACGGCUCGUAACCCCAUUCAAGGAUAAUGGCAGACUGAAUUUACAACAAAGACGCUUCAACCGUGUAUUAUCGUCAGGACGACAGGUUGUAGAGCGUUGUAUAGGACAUCUUAAAGGGCGAUUUCGUCGUUUGAGAGAAAUACCUGUUCAUAAACCUGAAGAUAUUGUUUCUAUCAUAGUUUCAGGAUGCAUCUUGCACAACCUGUGCAUUAUACACAAGGAUGAUGUAGAAAAUUUCAUUGAGGAAGAUGGAAACGGUCAUCCAAACUUAUUUAGAAAUGAUGUGAAUGGGAUUAACAGAAGACUACAAAUUAUGGCAGGACUACCAUAAGUGUAUUUGAUGAAACAGUCUCUCUCAAACGCUGGAACUGACAGUUGCAUUCAUACCAUUACUUUAAAUUUUACAAUAAAAAAUAACAAUAAAAUAAUGAAUAUUG